AUGCUCGUUUUGCAGCUGCUACCACGCUUAACAAGCUGGUCAGCCAAUGAGCGACUUGCCUCCUUGAGGUCUCUUGCUGCCCUACUGCCUAUAAGCGGCUUUCAGUUGCUGCGCGAGCUGCCACACGUGCUUCUGCAGCUUUAUGGAACCUGCGUUGCAGCCGAAGGAAAACAUUCACUUGGCCAACAGGGGCGGCAGCAGCAGCAGGAACAGUGCUCUCCCCUGCUACUGCUUGUACAGCACGCCGUACUGAGGGAGCUCAGAAACCGAGACUCAGACGUGUCAAGCGGCAACCACACAACAGGAGAGUGGCACCGUGGAGGUCUGCAAGAGCUGGGAGCUUGCAGCUCUCUUUGUUGCUCGCUUGAAGCAGUCGAACUUGUUCUGCAGUGCACGGGGAAGGUGGCGCUGCUGGUUCCACCUUGCUGUUGGCUGCCUAUAAUUGCUACUCAUUUGGGCCUACAGCAAGAAGUACAAAUGUACAUAAGCAGAAAACAGGAUGCGCUGACUGCUGCAACAGUGGAUAUAGUGGCAGACCAACAAGCCAUCAGGCCGCUUGAUGAGAUACAAGCUGAAAAAGAGUUUCUAAGAAGAUUUGAUGGAGGUUAUAAGUACCUAGUGGAUACAGUUUUACAUUCAGAAAAGCGGCUACGCGGAAAACAGAAUCUGGAAGAGCCAGCUGCUUCUGGAACAUCGUCCGUAUGUUCUUUCGAAGCAAGGAAACAGGCUCUGCUAUUGCUAGCACGCCUUCUGCGGGGGUUGAAGCCACAUUAUAUGCAGCAGAAUCAGCCGCAACAGAAUCAUCAGGGCGAUGCGACAAGUGCUUUCUGCGGGGUCUACGGACUUUGCAAAGAAGAAGUUUGGCUGCUGGUGCGGGUCAUAGAGCACGUGCAAGGCACCAAGAGCGGCAAAGCUCCUAACAGAGCACCAGGAACAACAGCAGUGGAUGAUGACAGCGACAAAGUAAUGCCCUUCUUAGCUGCUCCUCUGCUGCAGCUGCUACGCGCAGCAGGAAGUCUGUGCCAGCUAGAGGCCAGAAAUCUGUUCGCAGCAGCUUUGCUGCAGCAGAUCGACCCUCGGAGUAACCAGGAACUAGCGAAAGCUGUGGUGGCACGAGUCUGCGAGUGUACUGGCAAAAGACCCCUGGCCCUGUAUCUUGAAUUCCUUGACGAGUUCGCGCGGAACGAGAUGGAAAGUGACAGUGCCGAAUGCAAAUGUGGUGAUUCUGCUACUGCUAUAGCGGAUUCUGGUAACGAUUUGCAAACUCCUUGGACCGCCAGUGAUCCACGGAGGCUGCUGUUGCUUCGCGCACUUCAUGGCGCUCAGGAAGCAGCAGAUGCUGAGCAGGCAUCAUUUAGCUCUAUCUGCUUCAAAGUAGAACGCCUAGUGAAGAUACUACGGAGACAAAGCAAUAUUCAGGAAGCAACAGCUGCAGUGCGAGGCGACGUCCUCUUAGCCUGCCUAGCGCUGUUUUCUCUCCCCUUCUUCAUACCGCAUGCACGGCCGUACGGGAGCUGGGUACUAGAGCAUGUCCUUGUUCCAAAUCUCCGCUGGCGGCCCGGGGAGGCCAAUGCGAAGCUGCGGAAGGUAGCUCUGCUAUGCGUUUCACGAAUAAUCCCUACUCUCUCAGCAGAAACUACAUCUGAUAUAUCCGAAGCUCACAAGAAUGGUGACAGAGCAAUAAAGAAAUUAGAAGACGGGUUUCUCAGUGAAGUUGAAGCUGCUGAUGGAGCUCAGAGGCGGAACGGACAAUCUAAUGAAAUCACACAGCAGAAUAAUGCGGCUUCACAAGAACUACUUCACGUUAGGCAAGUCAUGGCGGCAGUGUCUCUGCUUUCGCCCUUGUUGGUCUCUUGUAUGGAUGACGACUGGAAUGCUGACGUACGCUCGGUUGCAGUUGGUGUAGUCCGUCAGUUGUUCUUGGACCUCCACGGGGACGAGAAACAGCACGAGGCUCUACGACAACUCGCUUCAACUACUGCAAAUCCUCUGCAGCAGCGGCUUGAUGAUGCUCGUGACGACGUUCGCCUUGCUGCUGCCACUGCUCUAGAGGCAUUAUUAGAGCAGCGCCCCUUCCUCAUUCAUAAGUCUAGUGCCAUCGAAAUUUGCCGGCGCCUGUGUAUCUGCUUAGAUGACCGGAGUGCAGCUCUGGCAAGUGCAGCAGAAGCGGCCCUUUUGGCGGGUGCGGACGAGCUGGAACCUGUUCUUCUCGAGGAGCUACAAGCAGCAGAAUCCAGCUGUCUCUACCCCGAAAGAUAUAAAGCGCUUGGCCGGAAGUUGUUGAAGCUGCAGCAACUUCAGCACCAUCCAGCUGAUCGUCAGCCCUGA